AUGGCAGAUUGCCAACAGCAAGGAUGCUUGGAAAAGGCGAUUUCAUUUUGCGGAUGUCAAUCGAUCUCUCUCAUGUGCGAAUAUCACUUGAAAGACCACAUCCAAAACAAUAUUCACUCAAAACAUAGUUUCAAAUUUUUUCAUAGCAAAAUAUAUAGUGAAACUGUGCAAACUAUUGAAAAUUUUAUAAAAAUUAUGACUGGUGGCUUAGAAAGCUACAAUAAGAAGCUAAUUUCUGCUCAAAAACAUGCUACUGCUAAAUUGAGUAAUGGCUUAUCUCAAUCCAUGAAAGUUAUUGAAUUCAGUAGAGCAAUUUGGCUCACUUCAAUUAGGGCUGUUUUCUCACCUGAAAACGAUAUAUUUUCUCAUUUAAUUUUAUCCAGCUCUACUAAGCUUGAAGUUAUUGAAUCGUUUACCAAAUAUUUAAUAAAAAAUUCUUUCAAUCCAGAACUAAUUUACAAAAAAAUAAAUUGGAUAAACCAAAAACAAAGCAAAACCGAAAACCUUAUUGUUGAAAUUUGGAUCACUGAGAAACGAAUUAAAGAACUUUUAGCAAGUUGAUCAAAUUCACCAUUGCUACCGUUUAAAAUUUCAUUUAUUCAUCAAGAUGAUUCUAAAAUGCAUUGGGAUAAAGCUAAUAUUUUGAAAGCCGACAUUGAGAAGAUUGACAAAAACUAUCGCAGAGUUGUAACUAAUUAUUCAUCUUCAGAUUCAUUGAGGGCUUAGGCAGGUUGAGUUAAGCUAUUUAAAGUUAGGUGUUAGCCAUAUUGACGCAGCUACCAAAGACCUCCUGUACUGGAGGUUUUUACCGUUUUUCGACUCCAGUCCAGAGGGUCUUUCCCCGAAGGCGGAUGCCAUUUUUCCUGUAUCUUCUGUCUCCUCCUUGGUUUUCAGCUUCAGUCUUGAGUGCUUAUGGAUAUCUGUGGCCCUGCUACAGGCGAUUGGACUUGAUUUCAAGGAUCCUUUGAGCCUAUCGGGUGCCGAAGUGCCUUCUUUCGACAGCUACAGGAAAAAGACUACUCCCCUGUGGUCUGGGCCGAAACUUCCAGUUUCUCGGUAGAGGAAUGCCCAUGGGAUCCAAAAGAACGUUGUUGAGCAUCUCCAUUUCCAACCACAGGAAAGCAGUCAAAACUUACCCGAAUGCACAUCUCUUGAGCCUGUACUUGAUCCUCGGGUAGGGGUCCGUCCCAGUUUGCCGUGACCAUAAAGUCUGACUGUUGCGCAAAGCGGGCAUGUUGUUGGCACAUGAGAGCUAGCAGCGAACUUUCUUUGAAAAUUUUAAAAAAAAAUUAUGAGGAAUUUUUAAAUAUAAAAAUUUUAUUUUGCCAAACUCUAGCUCAAAAAGAGAUUUAUCUUACUCCCCCCCUCCGUGAGUGAACAAAACCAUUAGAAAAAUCGCUAUUUUUUGCCCAAAAACCCACCCUCCGUAAGUGAACAAAAAAUUUUUUUAAUAGAAAAAAAAUUUGAUAUAUAUAAGUGAUAAUUAGUAUAAUGAAAAUCUAGAGCUAAUUCUGUUUAAUUUUAAACAAAUUGCUUUUUAAAACAUAAAUUUUACAAAUUAAAUCAAUAUUUGCUUUCCAAUUUUUGCGAAUUAGGAUUUUUUUAAAUUUCGAAAAAAAAAUUUUUCUAUAAAAUUAAUAUGUAAAAUUUUUUUAAAAAAAAAAUAACCCCCCUCCGUGAGUGAACAAAAUUUUUUUGUUCACCAACGGAGGGGGGGAGUUAGUCAAUCCGAAAAAAUUUUAAACUUAUAUUGGAAGGAAAAUAUAAAUACUUUAGCAAUGAUUUCUUUUGACCCAAAAACUCAAAAAAUUUGCCUUGAUACUUCAAUUAUUGGGACAAAUGACGACUGACCUUCUUUUGGUAUAAGUUCAUCUGUUAUAACUCUACCAAACUCAGAAAUUUUGUGCUAUACUGUAUGUGAUAGGUAUAAAUCAUUUAUUACGAAUUCCAUUAAUAAGAAAAGAUUUAUCAUUGGCUCAUUGUGUUCUCAAGGUUGAAUUCAUGAAGGCCUUGUUUAUUUUGAAAACAACAUUUUUGUUUUUGGAGGCUAUGCCGCUUUUUCUCUUUCCCGGACUGCAAGAAAAUAUGAUUUAAAAUUAAAUAAAUGGGAAGUACUAGUACCAUUACCUAAGCCUGCUUCCUCAUGCUCCUGCCUAGUUAAUAAGCAAAAGAUUUUAUUAUCAGGACGAGACAAUACAUCAUUAUAUCAGUAUGAUAUAAUAAUCAACAGCUAUUCUGUGAUCCUAAAUGGCUUAUCCAAAAAUAAUAAAUUACUUUUCAGAUCAGAUUCGAAGGUGUAUAUUAUUGAAGGAUACGGAGGAAUUUACGAAAGUGAAAAAGACAAUGAAUAUAAAUUUACUAUGAUUAAAAAUCCAGUGACUUGCAAUGGAUAUGGACAAAAUUCAUGAAUCAGCAGAAAUGGUUCGAUUUAUUACAGUAUGUGGAACGAAAAUUAUGGCAUUAAUUAUUAUUCCUUCAACCUAAAAACCAAAAAAAUAAUGCUUAUCAAAGAGUUGAUAUGGAACACUUAUUUUUCUUAA